UCUUUCUCCCCAAUGCCCCUUUACAGGCCGCCGCCCUCAUCGACAUCAGCGCACAGCGCCGCCUCCUCGAUCCAUCUCCGUCUUCCCCCAAGCCCCUCUCUUCUUGGAGCCCACCGCCAUGGCCUCCGCCGACGCGCCGCCGAAGCCCCCUCCGUCCACCGUCGAACCCGACGACGACGACGACGAUUACGAGGAUUACAUCCCCGUCAAGAAGCGCCGAGCCAUAGAGGCCCAGAAGAUCCUCCAGCGCAAGGGCCGCCCCACCUCCGCCGGGGACUCCGACGCCGCCAACCGCCCGCAGGCCCUCGCGGAGGCCAAGCCAAGCCUCCUUGUCAAGGCCUCCCAGCUGAAGCGCGAUCUCCCCGAGAUCAGCCCCACCGAGCAGCUCGUCCAGCAGGAAAAGGAGAUGAUCGAACACCUAUCCGACCGCAAGACACUCAUGUCCGUCCGCGAGCUGGCGAAGGGCAUCACCUACACCGAUCCCAUCCCCACCGGGUGGAAGCCGCCGCUCGCCAUACGCCGCAUGCCCGCUCGCCACGCCGAUGCCAUCCGCCGCCAGUGGCACAUCCUCGUCGAGGGCGAGAACGUGCCUCCCCCCAUCAAGAACUUCCGCGACAUGCGCCUCCCCGAGCCCAUCCUCAAGAAAUUGAAAGAGAAGAGAAUCGUCCAGCCGACGCCGAUCCAGGUGCAGGGACUGCCAGUGAUUCUAGCGGGGCGGGAUAUGAUCGGGAUCGCGUUCACUGGCUCGGGAAAGACGCUGGUUUUUGUUCUCCCGUUGAUUAUGACGGCAUUGCAGGAGGAGGUCAUGAUGCCGAUCGUCCCUGGAGAGGGCCCAUUUGGGCUUGUGGUAUGCCCGUCGAGGGAGCUCGCGCGACAGACGUAUGAGGUUGUGGAGCAGUUCCUUGUUCCGCUGCGGGAUCAUGGAUACCCGGAGCUGAGGCCGCUGCUAUGUAUUGGCGGGGUCGAUAUGAGGUCGCAGCUGGAAGUGGUGAAGAAAGGGGUGCAUAUUGUUGUGGCUACUCCAGGGAGAUUGAAAGAUUUGCUUGCAAAGAAGAAGAUGAAUCUUGAUAAUUGCAGGUACUUGACACUGGAUGAGGCUGAUAGGCUGGUGGACUUGGGCUUUGAGGAUGACAUACGGGAGGUUUUUGACCAUUUUAAAGCCCAAAGACAAACCCUACUCUUCUCUGCUACCAUGCCAAAAAAGAUCCAAAACUUUGCAAAAAGUGCUCUGGUGAAACCUGUGACAGUCAACGUGGGAAGAGCCGGAGCAGCAAACCUUGAUGUCAUUCAAGAGGUUGAGUAUGUGAAACAAGAGGCUAAAAUUGUGUAUCUUCUUGAAUGCCUCCAAAAGACACCUCCUCCUGUCUUGAUUUUCUGUGAGAAUAAAGCAGAUGUGGAUGACAUUCAUGAGUAUCUGCUUCUUAAGGGAGUUGAGGCCGUUGCCAUUCAUGGUGGCAAGGACCAGGAAGAAAGAGAAUAUGCCAUUGCAUCCUUCAAAUCUGGCAAGAAGGAUGUAUUGGUCGCUACAGAUGUUGCUUCCAAGGGCCUUGAUUUUCCUGACAUCCAGCAUGUGAUCAACUAUGAUAUGCCUGCUGAAAUUGAGAAUUACGUCCAUCGGAUUGGCCGAACCGGAAGGUGUGGCAAAACAGGAAUAGCAACAACAUUCAUAAACAAGAACCAAACAGAGACGACACUCCUCGACUUGAAGCACCUCUUGCAAGAAGCAAAACAAAGAAUUCCGCCAGUAUUGGCAGAGCUUAAUGACCCGAUGGAAGAUGGUGAUGCUCUUACUGAUGCUAGUGGAGUAAAAGGUUGUGCAUACUGUGGUGGGCUUGGUCAUCGUAUCCGAGACUGCCCAAAACUGGAGCAUCAGAAAUCCAUGGCUAUUGCUGGUUCUAAAAGGGACUACUUUGGUUCAGGAGGCUAUCGGGGCGAAAUAUGAUCCUGCUUCUUGUAUCUGUAUAUACGGGGAACUAUUGCGGGAUUUCCAUUAAUGACCAAGUUCUUACUAUGUCUAGAUGUCUGUAAACCAGGAAACAUUUCUGUAAUCAGAUAUUACAACCCACCUUAAAAUUCACAGUGCCCAACUUUUUUCAGUUGGAUGGUGGAGAACUCCUUUGCUGUAGAGCAACAUAUCAGCUGCCAAAUUUGUAUGGAGUUUAGAAGUUAUUUUAGCAUCUUGAAACACAUCAUAAUGUGAAAACGUCAACGUGAAUGCAGCCGAGUGAUGCAUUGCUUGUAAUAUCAGUGAGACAUCAGUUUAAUUAUGGAAGCCAACUAAAUGCUCAUCAUCUUCA